AUGUACAACUUUGAAGUUUACACAGGCAAAAUUCUUCCUCAGCAAGGUUUUCCCGACAUCGGGGCAAGUGGCAACAUCGUCCUGCGAAUGGCGAGUAUCGUUCCCCGCGGUCUAGACUACAUCUUGUAUUUUGACAAUUGGUUUUGCGGCGUGGACUUACAAGUAGUCCUCAAGAAGGUUGGAAUCAGUUCCGUAGGGACAGUACGCGAGGCUCGCCUAAAAGGAUGCAAACUUCCAUCCAACAAAGUUCUGAAGAAGAAAGGGCGUGGCUCUUACGUGGAAAUGGCGACCACAUUUGAAGGGGUGAGCCUGAGGGCUGUCAAGUGGUUUGACAACCGCCCCGUGACUUUACUGUCCACGUUUGCUUCAGCGUCACCCGAGCAGGCCGUGAAGCGCUUCGACAAGAAGACCCGAACGACUGUGAGCAUACCCCGCCCUGCUAUUGUCGGCAUCUACAAUGAUUGCAUGGGAGGUGUUGAUCUUUUGGACAUGCUUGUGGCACUCUACCGCAUCCACGUAAGGUCAAAAAAGUGGCCACCUCCUCUACUGAGCCCGUACACGUGGGUUAAGGUGCUGAUUGUCGCCUCGAUCACCUGUAUGCUCUCACUGGUGCUCGUCAUGGUCGUCAGCCAUCGCGCGCUGAGACCAUCGACAUCGACUUCCGAAGAGCCGGCCGUCUUCAUCGACCCUGUCGAGUUCGUGGCCAGGGCAGCGCUUGAUCAGCCCACUGAUGAAGGUGGUGAUGUCACCGUGGCCGAAACGACUGCGUCGGCACCGCCGAAAACGGAAGGUUUACGCGAUGGCUGA